UUGCCUUUUUUUUUUUUUUUUUCCUCCUUUUUUUGAGUUGUUUCCCCGGGAAAAAAAAUUAGGCAGGGAAAAAAAACCCAGAAGGUACCGAAAAGGAGAUGAUCGUAGAAGAGCCCUCCUUCCCAAGAAGAGCAACGUGCUUUGAAUGAGGCUUCCCAGCCUCUUCCACUCCGUCUCACACACUCUGUCACUCUGCUUGUGCACACUGUUGGUAUGCGACCUCGGAGGCGACUGCUCCGCCACCUCUGCCUGGGGAGCCGCUGACAGCCAGCGAUUGAGCCAGCCCCCCUUCCUUUUUUUUUUUUUUUUUUUUUUUUUCCUGCUUUUGCAAACACACACGCACACCCCCAAAGCACAUUUAAUGCUGAUCCACUCAGGCGCCAUUAUCGGGGGUACGUCUUCGUGGAGUGUUUUGGUUAUUGUUUUUUCUCUUCUAUUUUUUUUUUCCUUCCCAACACUGGAUGGUGCAGCAUUCCCGGGGCCUGUGGUGUUACGGCUCGAUUGCGUUUUAUUAUUUAUUUGUCUAUCUUCUCUCUUCUUCCUCUCAUCACUCCCCCGUCUCUGCUUUCUUGGACCCCCCGGCUUCUCUCCGGGUGCCGGUGCAGAGGACCGGGGAGCAGGAUCCCUCCCGCUGAUGUGGGACUGAUCCUCACCCGCGUGUAGCAUGCUGUAGCCAAAAAAGAAGAGAGGAGGGGAAGAAAAAAAAAAAAAAAAAAAAGAAGCGGCUCUCUUGCCCUCCCUCUCCCUCGUUUCCCGCGGAUUGACUUCAUGGCUUCACUGUACCAGCGGUUCAGCGGGAAGAUCAACACCUCCCGCUCGUUCCCCGUUCCCCCCGAAGCGAGUCACCUCCUGGGCGCCCAGAGCAGCGAGGAGGACGGCGCUGCCGGCAAGACCCCGCGUCCAUUGCAACAGGAAGGCAGCCGGCCCCGCUUCCAGUACCAGCCGCGAAGUGACUGCGAGGAGGAGGAUGAGCUGGUGGGCAGUAAUCCUCCUCAAAGAAACUGGAAAGGAAUUGCAAUUGCCUUACUUGUUAUUCUCGUUAUCUGCUCGCUGAUUGUCACCUCUGUCAUACUCCUGACACCAGUCGAAGAUAACAGCUUGUCUCAGAAGAAGAAGAUAACAGUGGAAGAUCUCUUCAGUGAUGAUUUUAAGAUUCAUGACCCAGAGGCUAAAUGGAUAACUGAUAAUGAAUUCAUUUAUAGAAACCAGAAUGGCACAGUGAUUCUGAGGAAUGUCGAAACCAACAGUUCAACAAUAUUAAUAGAAAACAAAAAAAUUGUCUCCUUAAAGGCUAUCCGGUAUGAGGUGUCACCUGACAGGGAAUAUGCACUAUUUGCCUUCGAUGUUGAACCUGUGUAUCAGCAUUCAUAUACAGCAUAUUAUGUCCUCAGCAAAAUACCUCAUGGGGAUCCCCAGAAUUUGUAUCCCCCUGAGGUCAGCAAUGCAAAGCUUCAGUAUGCUGGUUGGGGUCCAAAAGGGCAACAGCUGAUAUUUAUCUUUGAGAAUAACAUCUAUUACUGUGCCCAUGUGGGGAAACAAGCCAUCCGAGUGGUCUCCACAGGAAAGGAAGGUGUUAUUUUCAAUGGGCUCAGCGACUGGCUGUAUGAAGAGGAGAUCUUGAAGACUCACAUUGCUCAUUGGUGGUCUCCUGAUGGCACCAGGUUGGCAUAUGCAACAAUUAAUGCCUCCAGAGUCCCCACCAUGGAGAUCCCGAUAUAUACAGGCAUCCUUUACCCUACUGUUAAAACUUACCAUUAUCCAAAGGCUGGAAUGGAAAAUCCAACUAUUUCUUUGCACGUGAUUGGUCUGAAUGGACCCACUCAUGACCUGGAAAUGACUCCCCCAGAUGAUCAGAGAAUGAGGGACUACUACAUCACCAUGGUGAAAUGGGCCACCAGCACCAAGGUGGCAGUGAACUGGCUGAACAGGGCCCAGAACGUGUCCAUCCUGACGCUCUGCGACGCCACCACGGGGGUCUGCACCAAGAAACAUGAAGAUGAGAGCGAUGCCUGGCUGCACAGACAGAAUGAAGAGCCCAUUUUUUCCAGGGACGGUCGGAAGUUUUUCUUCGUCCGGGCCAUUCCCCAGGGAGGACGUGGGCAUUUCUACCACAUCGCCAUGUCAUCAUCACAGCCCAACAGCAGCAAUGACGACUUACAGGCUAUUACAUCUGGAGAUUGGGAUGUGACAAAAAUACUGGCAUAUGAUGAAAAGAGGCAGAAAAUUUAUUUCCACAGCACAGAAGAUUCGCCACGAAGAAGACAUUUAUACAGUGCAAGCACAAAUGGGAACUUCAACAGGAGGUGCCUGUCCUGUGAUCUGAUUGAAAACUGCACUUAUUUCAGUGCAUCCUUCAGCCACAAUCUGGAAUACUUCCUGCUGACAUGUGAAGGUCCCCGUGUCCCGAUGGUGACUGUUCACAACACAACAGAUGCACAGAAAAUUUUUGAGCUGGAGGUAAAUGAAAACGUGCAGCUGGCUGUAAAUGACAGGCAAAUGCCUAAGGUAGAAUACAUGGAAAUCAAGAUAGAUGAUUACAGAUUGCCAAUGCAGAUCUUAAAGCCAGCAACCUUUGCAGACACCGCUCACUACCCCUUGCUUUUGGUUGUAGAUGGGACACCUGGCAGCCAGAGUGUCACGGAGAGGUUUGAGGUGUCGUGGGAGAGCGUCAUGGUCAGCUCCCACAGCGCCAUCGUGCUCAAGUUCGACGGGCGCGGCAGCGGCUUCCAGGGCGCCAAGUUACUGCACGAGGUCAAGAGGAGGCUGGGCCUUCUGGAAGAGAAGGAUCAGCUGGAAGCUGUCCGGACAAUGCUGCAGGAGCAUUUCAUUGAUAAAACAAGAGUUGGUGUGUUUGGGAAGGAUUAUGGUGGUUACCUGAGCACUUACAUGCUUCCAGCUGGUGAAGACAACCAGGUGUUUGCUUGUGGAGCUGCUCUUUCCCCAGUGACAGACUUCAGACUAUAUGCUUCAGCCUUUUCUGAAAGAUACUUGGGCUUGCACGGGGUUGAUAACAGAGCAUACGAGAUCAGCAAAUUAUCACACAGAGUCUCAUUACUAAAGGACCAGACAUUUUUGAUCAUUCAUGCUACUGCUGAUGAAAAAAUCCAUUUUCAGCAUACUACAGACCUUAUCACACACCUAAUUAGGGCAAAGGCUAAUUACAGCUUGCAGAUUUACCCUGAUCAAAGCCAUUACUUCAGCAAUGCAGCCUUUGAGCAGCACUUGUACCAGUCCAUUGUCAACUUCUUUGUGGAGUGUUUCCAGGUUCCAGACAAACUCCCACUAGCCCCACUGAAAGAAGAGGAGGAAGAUGAUUAACCCUACUUGUCCGUGCUAAGCACAAGGCAGAUCUCUCUGACAAUAUGCAACUGGAUCAUUUUCCUGAAAAAAGAGAUGUUGUUAGCAUGUAUUUAAAAAAAAAAAAAAAUAAACUGAAAGCAGCUCCUCUGCUUUACUUGACAGCAACUCCUUCCUAAAUGGAAGAACAUUAAGCAUGGUGAACUCAGCAGAAACUGCUGUCUGAAAUAAAUCCAUCACAACCAACAUCUUCUUUUUCUUUGGUUGGUUUUUUUUCUUUUCUUCUGUCUCUUUUUUUUUUUUUUUUUUUGCCACAAAAUGACUUCUACAGUGAAAAUGGUAAGACGUUGAACUUGAAGGAACACCCCAAGAAACCACUUUGAGGACUGGAAGAUUUGAUGUCUCUUUGCAGUCAAGCAGUCAAGCAGUAGCAGUGAAAUCCAUCAUCCACAUUAAGGUUACUAUAGUUAGCAAUCACACUGUGUCAAGAACAAAAAAUCUAAUUUAAUAAAUGGAGAUUAUAGCACCAUUAUUUUAAAAGAUACAGAUUUAUACACUUGCCUGCUCUUUUCCAUCUCCAGGAGGUUUGUCAUUGCUACAGGAUGCACAAACCCAAUUGUGCAAAAUAUCACUAUAGUUACACCGAACUUUACCUUCCUGUAAUUAUUCUGUUAAUUCUGUAUGGCUUUUACUUCUGUUGUUCAUUGGGUCUCAUGCUCACCUUAUUAGCUUCUCAGCUUGUUCUGGAUGGGGAAAAAACAUAAAACAAAUUAACCAAUUCACUCUAGACCUCAGGGGUCUAAUGAGGCAAUAGGACUUGAGCUACCCAGAUAUUAAAAAAAAUCUAUUGGAAUAAAGCAAAGAAAAACUCACUCUUGGGUUCCCAAAAUAGCUCUUGCCAGCAAGACUGAGUAUUUUCUUUGGCAGCCUUGAAAAAUAUGCACAUAAAUAAGCUAAAUCAGCUUACCUUGAGAUAUUUUUUAUUGCAAUGUAGAAAAAUAUGCGACAGUCGUGAUUAUUCUUUCUCUUUCUUUAGAGUUGGAACAAAUGGUUGGUGACCUGUUAGGGAACAGCUAGGUGAGGCUGUGGUACAGGAAUUUGUACCAGAGACCUCACACAUCAUCUUAUAAAGCCAUUUAAACAGAGACAAUGUGCAGGAAUUUAUUGCACAUGCUGUGUGUGGCUUAGUUUUAGUCCAGGUCAAUGAUUAACAUAUUCCAAACACAUUUAAUUAUCUCUUCUGUUCACACUAGUUUGGACAACCAUAAAAGGAAAAAAAAAAAAAGAAAAAAAAAAAGGAUGAUUUUUUGUUUUUAAAGGUCUAACUGUUCAUUUGAGCAGUGGAAAGCAACUUUUAAAACUUCUUGUGAAAACAUUCAGCUUUCAGAAAGGAAUCCAACCUCCAUCCACUUCCACGUACUGCUUCAUAAGAAUUUUGACAGUGUCGCUCCUUGUAAAAUAUUCUGACCAAAUGUACAGCCAGUAUUAAUACUGUAUAUUUCAUUUUGUUGUAUAUAAAGGAAUGUAAGUCAGCUCUUUGUCAGAUCCCCAAUCCAAUAUUAGUCUUGUGUUCGACAUGCAUGCGGUAACACUUCUUUGCUGAUCAGGACUCCUUAGAAGCACUCGCUUGGAAAUAUAACAAUUAAUGUAAUUUCUUUUCUUGUUUUAACAGCUUGAAUGUCAAUGCCGGUUCCUACUUUUUCCAUAGUACUGUGGGUAAACUCACAUCCUGACAGCAAUGAUGAUGUUUCCAUUGUGUUCUUUAGUGUGUCUUUUUUCUUACCUUUAUUUUAAGCUUUGAAUGUUGGUUGUACUUUGACCAUCAUGAAAAAAUAUAUUGAUAAACCACAGGAAUUACCUAGUUUGGUUGGGAUUAUCUCCUUUAAUUUACAGUGCAUCGACAUUGUGUGAACAAGAACUACGGUGUAAAUCUGCUUUAUCUGGCAAAAUGCCAAACAGACCAUGAGAAUGCUGCGUGUCCAGAUUUUGCUACGCUGAACAGGCUCGAGAGCCUGGAAUGAACUUGAACUGAGAAACGUAAAAAUCUGCUCUGUCCACAAUCUUUUGUAGAAAGAACUUUAGGAUGUGGCAUGGUAGUGUUUGUUCAUUCAUGGAAUAAAACAUUAUUUUACCA